UGGAUAUGCUUAAGAAUAUCAUUACUACUUAUUCUUUCAAAAUUUAUUUAAAUUGUCAGUAAUCAUUACAAUUUUUACAGGUAUCGUAUAUAUAAUGGAGGAUAUAGAAUGCAAUAAAAAGUUCAAAACUACUCCAUCAUCUGAAGAAAUUAAACAAGUCAUUCAAAAUACGAAAACACCUUUAGUCUUCAAAAAUACUCUAUCUUGGGACUUGUUACAUUGGUCUCUAGAGGACUGGGUUGAGAAAUUGGGAAAUCCUAAGCUGAAUUUCAGAAUAGGGACAAAAAAAUGUACAAAGGUGCCACAGUGGGAAAGCAACUGUCCAGUUGUGUCAGGGACACUCAAUGAACUAUUGGACGAUGCUAACGCAUCAAGUGACACCUGGAUGUACUUUGACUAUAAACAUAUGAAUCAACAUUUUAAAACCAAAACUAAUCUUUUAGAGACUGUGUCUUGGGCAGAUUUUGGAUUUCCUGAUAAAAGUGGAAAUGAUUCAACAAUCUGGAUCGGGACCGAAGGCGCCAACACUCCCUGUCACAUGGACUCCUAUGGUUACAACAUUGUCGCACAAGUUUAUGGCAGGAAACUUUGGGUGAUGUUCCCUCCCUGUAAAACAUCACUACUGAAGCCUACCCGAGUACCUUAUGAAGAGUCCAGUGUUUACAGCAAAAUCAAUUUUACCUGCGGGCUUUCUGAUCUGCAAAGUGUAGGAGAAGCACACGUGGUUGAAUUGUCUCCGGGAGAUGUGCUGGUGGUACCCAGCCACUGGUGGCACUACGUGGAGAACCUCACCACCGCCAUCAGCAUCAAUAUGUGGGUACCUUUGGAAACUGAUCAUACAAGUCGUCUACAAGAGGCUCUAGUACGAUUCUUUGUGUCUUCAACACUCAGAACUUUCUGCAUGAAGCCAGAAACACCUUUGUUGAACCCUAAUGAGGCAGACUUACUAGAUCAGCCAAUAGAUCUGCAACAAUUAUCAUGGUGUGUGGAUCAAGUGGUUGCUCACAAAGUGUCAACCAGAGAAGACAAUUCUGUUCCCACCACAAGUUACCCUGGUUAUGUGUCAACCGUCUCAACCAUGUCAGCAGUAGAUCUCCAGCGGUUAUUGUUGUCCAAAUGCGGUUGUAUCAGUGAUUGUACCGCCAACUCAUCCCCCUCCGAGUCCCCUCCUUUAUCAGUGGAACAUGUAAUCGAUGCUUUCUGUCAUCCAGAUAUCAUUGCCAAAGUUGCUGAGACAUUAUUAUCAAUAAGCAAGAAGUGAUAUGAUUUGAUAACAAUAGUAUUUUUGUAAAAUCAUAAUUUUGCUAUAACAUAAUAAAUUCUUUCAUAAUA